CCACUAACCCUAGAACUAUUUACUUACAGAAUCAACACAAUUUCUUUUAGAAUUAUUUUGCUGUGGCAGAAAAUGCUCGCUGAGCCGUCAGUAGAUCUGAAAGACUUGAUGGAUGAGAUUGUGAGUCAAAUUUGUCAUUAUUUCUUGCAUUUUCGAAGUUUUAGGCAUGCGCUAAAGCUGUCAAACCUCAAUAUGGAAUUGGCAGGGAAGCUUGGAAAGCGUACCCGUUUCCAGCAACGUGACAUCGCUCAGUUGGUGCUGAACGCGGUUCCUUCCUCUUUCAAGGAGUCUGAUCUCGACGUCCCCACAAACUGUGCUCUGAACGAUGAUACCCUCCUCGAGAAGGGAGGAGAUACAACUAAGCCAUUAUCUCCUCUGCAGUUAGCUGUAGUAUUGGCAUUGUAUAGAUUGGAGAGGAGAAGUGAGCACUGUGAUGAACUGUUCAUGGAAAGACAACGAGUACUAAGAUUUCAGAUAAUCCGGCAACGGCGUGGCUGGGCCGUUCAAGCUGCAGCAUUGUUGGCACGAUGUGACUUGGAACGAACGAAAAAACGACGAGUGGAACGAGCUUGUGCGCAGUCGGAGUUGAUUUGCAAGCUCAUCGAUGGAGUGGAUGAUGCGGUAAAUUGUAAACAACGAAUACUGCUUCCAAUGAUAGCUUCGUCUGGCCUGGAGCCGUACUGGAGCGCCUAUUGCAUUCAUGCCGAAGCAUUACAAUCUCUUGGAUGCACUUCAGAAGCGCUGUUAUUGUACGAAAAUUUGGAAAUGUGGGAUUGUGUUAUAGAAUGUUUCAAAAAGCUGGGUCAACUGGAGAAGGCAGAAGCACUGAUUCGUCGUUUACUGAAAGAGAGACCAAAUGAUUCUAUGCUUUAUUGCCUUCUUGGAGAUAUAACUAUGGAGCCUAGUUACUAUGAAACGGCGAUGAAGGUUAGAAGUUUUGACCGAAAUGCUCGUGCUAGAAAAUCGCUGGGUAAUUUGAUGGUUCUUCGGAAACAGUUUGAAUCUGCCUAUAAACAUCUACGAAGGAGUUUGGAGUUGCAACCCAUACAGCUGGGUGUCUGGUUUAACGCGGGAUACUGCGCGUGGAAGCAAGAACAGUACGCCGAUGCUGUCACCUGUUUUCAUCGAUGUGUGAGCUUAGAGCCGGAACAUUUCGAGGCUUGGAAUAAUUUGUCUGCUGCCUAUAUCAAAUUAGGUCAGAAAGAAAGAGCUAGAAAAAUUAUCCAGGAAGCUUUGAAGUUUAACUAUGAGCAUCCGAAAGUUUGGGAGAAUUAUCUGCUUCUCUGUGUUGACACUGCUGAGUUUGAUCAGGCAAUCAAAGCAUUCCACAGGUUGCUCGAUCUGAACAAGCAACAAAAGGACGAUGAAGUGCUUGAGAUCAUCGCAUCGAAUGUUUUACGUUCGACAGAAGAGGCAUGGAAAUUGUAUGCUUCAUUGAAGCGACCUUCCGAUGACAAUAUCGAAGAAGGAGAGAAGUAUGUGCAGCUUCUAGAAAGAUCUCUUCUGGCUGAAUCCAACAAGCCUGUGAUUUUCAUAGCAUUUAUACAUACAUACAUACGUUCUGCAUGUACAGUAAAGGAAGCAAGGGUAAUGAGCCCAUUAUAG